UAUGUCUACAAAUCCCCACCACCACCAUCUCCGUCUCCACCACCUCCUUAUGUCUACAAGUCUCCACCACCACCAUCUCCAUCACCACCACCUCCUCAUGUCUACAAGUCUCCACUCCCACCAUUUCCCUCACCUCCACCUCCUUAUGUAUACAAAUCUCCACCCAAACCAUCUCUAUCACCCCUACCUCAUUAUGUCUAUAAAUCCCCACCACCACCUUCUCCAUUACCUCCAUCUCCUUAUUCUCCACCACCACCAUCUCCAUCACCCCUGCCUCCAUCACCCCCACCUCCUUAUGUCUACAAAUCACCACCACUGCCUUCUCCAUCACCUCCACCACCUUAUGUCUACAAGUCACCGCCCCGACCUUCUCCAUCACCUCCACCUCCUUAUGUCUAUAAAUCCCUACCACCACCUUCUCCAUCACCUCCACCUCCUUACGUAUACAAGUCUCCACCCUCACCAUCUUCAUCACCUCCACCUCUUUAUGUCUAUAAAUCCUCACCGCCACCUUCUCCAUCACCUCCACCUCCUUACGUAUACAAGUCUCCACCUCCACCAUCUCCAUCACCUCCACCACCUUAUGUAUACAAAUCUCCACCACCACCAUCUCCAUCUCCCCCACCUCCAUAUGUCUACAAGUCUUCACCACCACUAUCCCCAUCACCUCCACCACCUUAUGUCUACAAGUCUCCACCCCCACCAUCUUCAUCACCUCCACCUCCUUAUGUAUACAAAUCUCCACCACCACCAUCUUUGUCUCCCCCACCUCCUUACGUCUAA